AUGUCCAACAAUCCCCACGAUUACACCGGCCCGAACGGCAACGGCCCCAAUCGACAGGGACAGUAUCCACCGCCUCAGUGGAACACCAGUCAGCCCGACGAGAGCUCUUAUCCACCGUCUUCGCAAUACCCUUACCCUCCAGCCUCUUAUCCUCCAACGGGCCCAGCACCACCAACCCACCAAUACGCACCGCCGCCGGCGCAAUAUCCUCCGCACACGCAAUAUCCUCCUCACCCAGCCAUGGCUGCCGUUCACCCAGGCCCACCACAAGACCCCUAUCGGCUUCCCCCUCCGCCUAACGCCUACCGGCCGGAUCCAUUCGCACAACAGCCUCCACCUCCACCCCCCGGGGGUCCGGGAGUUGUCUAUCAAGCUGCCCCUCGACAGAGAACGGCCAUCGCUUGUCGCUAUUGUAGGAGACGGAAGAUUCGAUGCUCUGGAUUCGAGAGCAACCCGGAUGGACGCUGCAGCAAUUGCGUGCGCUUCAACCAGCAGUGCAUGUUUACCCCAGUGUCCUCUCAGACUCAGGCGUUUGUGCCCGCCCACGCUGCAUACCCACAUAUGAGGAACGGUCAAAACCAAGGAGAGCCAGUCGUGCUUUACGGUGCCCACGGUCAACCCCUGCCACCCCAACAUCAACCUCCGCCAGGCCCCGAGACAACACUUCCACCGCCAAAUGGAAUGUACCAACCCGCAUAUGGCAAUCCAGCACCCAUGGCAGAUCACAGACCUCGCCGCGGCUCCGGUUCUGGAUUCGAUUACCCCGAUCCUACUAAUCUCGCCCCUGUUACGCCAGCUACAUCCGCGCCCUACCAGUCCCGCGCCGCUCCCUACUAUGCCCCACCUCCUGCUGCGCAUGAGCGCCGCCCUUCGCCGCAGGCUAAUUACCCAUAUGACAACCGCCAUUCGUCCUCCCCUCACGGUUCUCCCUACCCUCCGGUCCAUCCUCCGAAUGCAAUCACACCCCCGCCAACCUCUACUCCCGGUUCUGCGACUCGCAAUGGUCUCAAUGUGCGGGAUAUGCUCAAUCCCGGCGGUGAUAACCCAGGCCGCUCCAGUACUGACAGCGAUAUGCUCAAUGCUUUGAACCGGCGUGGCUUGGAGCCAACAUGGGUGGCACCCACAGUUUAA